AAGGCUAAAUGCAGAGACCAAAACUUAGACAACUUGCUAGUAAAUAACAAAGCUCUGUACUGCGUUGGAGUUGUAGCUUAGACAAAUUGACAUGUGAAACCAUAGUUAGCGAUCAGCUGAAGCAUGACAUACGGCUAAGUUAGCAUGUAGCUACAGUUUAACUUGCAUACCUUAAUAUGCCCUUUGUUCUCCACAUGCAAUCCAGGUUAAUUUGUCCACAAUUCUAUCUUGACUUAAACGUAUCAUUCCCCUUGUCUUCAUGGGCUUUGACUGAAAAACCGGGGGUGGUUCUCUAGUUGAGUGUGCAGCAGCGUCGCCAUGACCCGCAGUUCUCUUCAGUCUGGGUGAGCUGUUAAAAGCCCACAGCUGCCGCUAGCCAAAGAACGGAUUUUAGCCUGCAGAAACUACAGUGCCAAGAAAGUCCCCAAGAAGCUUAUCCAAGCGUGCGGUGCCAAACGCAACAUGUUUUCAUCGCGGAACUCUGGAGUCGCCUGUGUUCCUCCACGGACAUUUUCGUUUCAUGACUUCUUCGUGCGUGACCGAUGGUAACACAAACGUCGGCUGUGGCUCUUUGCCCCCACCUGCUGGUUGAAUUUAAUCGUUUCAUCUACACGUGUAUUAGGUUUCCUAUCAUCCGUUUACCAUUUUCAACGCUUAGUAUUUAUUGGUAAUGAGUGACGGGGGUUGGUGUUCUGUUAAAUAACUUCAUAUCAGAGGACCAAUUUAACACCCCUAGAACCAUGGCAAUUCUGAACCCAUCCCCAGUCACGACUCUAGUCUUUCUUGAUUUUUUUUUACACUUUAAAAAUUGCAUUUUGGCUUGUUUUUUCUAAAACAUGAUUGCCGUAUAGACACUUUAUAAUUAAUCGGUAUUAAUGGGGGGAAAUGCACUACAUGGUCCGCGUCUAUUAUUUCCAUUAAUCUAUUAUUGUUUGUCCAUUUGAACAUGUUGCAGCCAUUUUUAUAUUGCAACAUUACACUAUAACGCCAUUAGUGGUUAUUAAUGAUUAUCAUGCAGCGGAUCACAUGUAUUUUGUUUACGUCGGUUUGUGUACGUGUGUGCGCGUUCCCGGCGAGCGCACUCCCGCGCUCUGUGAUUGGCUGUCCGGGGGCUGUGGGAGUAGGUCUCUGUCCUCGGUGCUGAAAUCUCGUCGUGGUCAUGUAAACUGCGAUGAGGCCACUCACAACCACUGAAGCAACAAAAUGGACGAAGACCUGUUUCAACUGAGACAGUUGCCAGUGGUCCGUUUUCGUCGCACCGGUGAGAGCACACGCUCUGAGGAGGAUGUGGAGAGCCAAGAGCAGGUGGGCAGGAUAGCUGAGCCAGCUGAGCUGGAGAACGUGGCCCUCGCAGAUGGAGCCCCUGUACCUCGAGAGUUUGCAAACCCUACGGACGACACAUUCAUGGUGGAAGAUGCUGUGGAGGCGAUCGGCUUUGGGACAUUUCAGUGGAAACUUUCCAUCCUCACUGGUCUUUCCUGGAUGGCAGAUGCCAUGGAGAUGAUGAUCCUAAGUAUUUUAGCUCCACAGCUCCACUGUGAAUGGAGGCUGCCCAGCAUACAGGUGGCUCUGCUAACCUCGGCGGUGUUCAUAGGAAUGAUGCUGAGCUCCUCCCUGUGGGGGAACAUAUCCGACAAAUACGGGAGAAAGACGGGUCUGAAGAUGAGCGUGUUGUGGACAAUGUUCUACGGUCUGCUAAGUGCUUUUGCUCCCAUCUAUGGCUGGAUCCUGGUCUUACGAGCUCUGGUGGGCUUCGGCAUUGGAGGCGCCCCUCAGUCGGUGACACUUUAUGCUGAGUUCUUACCAAUGAAGUCCAGGGCCACUUGUAUUCUGCUCAUCGAGGUAUUCUGGGCGCUGGGCACGGUGUUUGAAGUCCUCCUGGCGAUCCUGGUCAUGCCAUCUCUAGGCUGGCGGUGGCUUCUUGGCCUCUCCACCAUUCCCCUCUUCAUCUUUGCCAUCUUGUCUUUCUGGCUGCCAGAGAGCGCCAGGUACGACGUGCUGACUGGAAAUCAGGAGAAAGCUCUUUGUACUUUGAAGCGCAUCGCCACAGAGAACGGAGCUCCGAUGCCACUGGGCAAACUCAUCGCAGCCAGACAGGAACAUCGUGGGAAGUUUCAAGAUUUAUUUUCCUCACAUUUUCGAUGGACAACAGUUCUGCUCUGGUUUAUUUGGUUUGCGAAUGCCUUCUCCUACUACGGGCUGGUGCUGCUGACCACCGAGCUGUUCCAGGAAGGAGGAGUCUGUGGAAUGUCCAAGACUAAUAAGAUGGACGCCCCCUGCAGUUUAGAAUGUAAAUAUCUCAACUCGGACGACUACAAAGACCUUUUGUGGACCACUUUAUCAGAAUUCCCUGGACUGCUGGUGACACUGUGGGCCAUUGACCGACUGGGAAGGAGGAAGACCAUGGCGCUUUGUUUCUUCGUCUUCUCUAUGUGCAUCAUUCCUCUCUACGGCUGCGUGGGAAGAACAUCCAUGACAGUGUUAAUAUUCGUCGCUCGAGCGUUCAUCGCAGGAGGAUUCCAGGCUGCGUAUGUGUACACUCCCGAGGUGUAUCCAACAGCCACCAGAGCUUUAGGUCUGGGAACCAGCAGUGGGAUGGCGAGAGUUGGUGCCCUCAUAACACCCUUUGUUGCCCAGGUGAUGCUGGAGUCCUCCGUCUACCUGGCUCUCUCUGUCUACUGCUGCUGCUGCCUUUUAGCUGCCUUCGCUUCCUGUGCACUGCCGAUUGAGACGACGGGCCGCGGCCUGCAGGAGUCCAGCAACCGAGAGUGGGGUCAGGAGAUGAAGGCCUCGUCCAACAGCAUGGGGGAAAACCUUCAUUCUGACUGUGGCUCGCAAGGAUAAAAGAAAGCGAGCACGCUCGACCUACUUCCUGCGUUCAUCUCCAGUCCCCACCAUCCUUCAUGUUAGACACAACAGUGGCUGAACCGGGCCAGAUGAUGACACAGUAUCUGGAGUGUCAGUGUGUAGUGUGAAACAACCUUUGCUGUCACAGGUGGGCACCGUGUCACUGUGCACUGGGGGUACAGAGACCUGGCUAGCUAGAAGGCCAUUGAAGAAAAAGUGCUCCUUCUGACUGAACCUGCGUGACUCUAGUGAUGGCUAACGUCAGACCUGCUGGAAUCAGGUCCAGCCAAUCAACUUAAGAGAUAACCAGAUACCUUAAAUUACCUUGCGAUAUCCCUGUUGUGUGAGACUUCUCUCUCUUUAGUCAUGUAGCAACUCAUCAUUUGCAGGACAACUUAAAGGAAAAGUCGUGCGUCACAUAUACUUUAAUUAUUUUCCAAUACUUUUCACUGAGAACAGCAGAGUUACCCAGAUUUAUCUUGUCUUCAGAAAGCAUAAAGUAAAAAAUAAAAUCAAGAAAUGUGAUCAGUUCCAUUACAUUAUGUGAUUAAAUUAGUUACUGGUAUUAGUAAGGACCAAAUAUCGACCUUUUGCCCUAAGCAGACACACAAUUACUACAGGUAAUAUGUGCUUAGUUGUUAUCUUCACUUUUGUAUAGAGAAGAUGGCACAACAGAGUAGUUAUGACAGAAGACGGUUUAAAGGUUCACCUUGUCUCUGCUGGUGUUUCUGGGUCAAGUGCUGCAUUAUGUCACAGAGAAUCUUGUCACUGCACUGGGUGAUGAUGUAGUAAAUGACCUUUCAAAGAGACAACAGAGUCUAUGUGGUUAUUUCAAAAGGAAGAGAAAGGCAGCGUUUUAAC